AUGGAAGAUGUGAAGGGCCUGAAGAUUACCCAUUCGUCCGAGUUGAUGGAGAACUAUCUCCAGGCCGAGAUCCAGUCACCGACUGGUCAUUUCGAGGCCCUGCAGUUGGAGAAUGAGAACGGCCACGCCUUGAUAUUCGCCAUCGAUUCACAGGGCAUCUUCUAUGGACUACAAGAAUGUAGCGGAGAGACGGGCACGGGAUGGAAAAGACAUGAUCUCUCGCGGUCGACCUUGCGGAGACAUUUCACGCCUGAGGACAAUGCUACGGUCCGAAUAUUCGGCGUUGGACAGAGUCAUCUUGAUAGCUCGAUAGACCCACUGUAUCAAAAACAUAUUGAUCUAACCAGGCGAUGA